CUUCACGACCGCCGUUCCUGUGACGCCGUUUGCGGGGUCGGUGCGAGCGGGGGCACCGGGCGAGACGCUGCGGUCUUUUAAAACCGUCUUCCUCCUAUAAAUAUUUAUAAAUAUUUUUAUCCCCCGGCUUAUGCCAAUUCAUUCGUGCAUCCGAGAGCGGGAACUUGUCCGAGGAAAACUCGAAAACAGAGCGGAUGGCAGCCCAUGACGGAGAGAAGAAGGUAGUCGAGGAAUCACCCGCCGAGAAGGAGCGCGGGGCGGAGGAGGUCGUCUCCGUGGAGCUCCCGGCGCCACCGGGCUGGAGGAAAAAGUUUAUGCCCAAGAAGGGUGGAACGCCGUAUAGGAAUGAGAUAGUUUUCAUAUCACCAACAGGCGAAGAGGUUAAAAACAAGAGACAGUUGGAUAUUUAUUUGCGUUCACACCCAGGAAAUCCAGCAUCUUCUGAAUUUGACUGGGGAACUGGUGAUACCCCGAGACGCUCUGCAAGAAUUAGUGAAAAGGCAAAGGCAACAGAGACCCCAGAAGGUGAAAAGCCAAAAAAAAGAGAGAGAAAAUCAAGCUCAAAAAAAGGAGGAAAUAAAAAUAAAGAUAGUGAUGGUGUGAAUGAAGCUCCUGCAACAGAGGAUGCAACAGUUGAAGAUACACGUGCAUUUGAUGAAAAAAUGAAGGAAGCUGAAGGUGGUGAGGACAAGUCCAAAGAUGAGGUUGUUUCUGUAGAAACUGCAGUGAAAGAGGGAGCUGUCGGACAAGCUUCGCUGGACGAAGUCAAAGUAAAUGUUGAAGAGAAAACUGAGAAGUUAGAAGAAAGCAGUAAGGUUGAUCCUGCUGCAGCAGUGCCAGAGGAAGCCGAGAAGGAAGGGGAGCCUGAAACCGAAAAACCAGCUGAUGCUGAAAUACUGCCUCCAGCAACUGAUGAGAAAGAAGAGGCCUCAGCUGAGACAGAGAUGGACAACAAGGUGCCAGAGAAUGGAACCCACAAGGAUAAUGAAGCUUCAGUUCCCAAAGAUGCACCUUCUAUGAACUGUGAUGAUGGGCAACAUCAGCCCCAGGCCUCUCCGGUUAAUUGCUGAAACUCAUAAAAGCUAGGCCUUUAGGCUGUUACUGGCUGUUUAGUUAGACUUAAUCUGAACAUAUAGUUGGUGUUGGGAUUUGGCUUAGAGUUAAUAUUGUAUCCUAUCUGAAUCUUCUGUAUGUGCUACUGGUGCUACCUUCUUUGUCAUCACUGGGAUGUAAUUUGGGAAUAUGUUCUGAUGCUAUUUACUCUAACAUGUUAACUUAAUAUUCUUGACAUACGUAUGUUGUGUUUUACAGCAGGAUAUUGCAGGUUUUAUGCAUGACAUGAGAUUUGGA